GAUCGCGAGAACACAGCUGCCGAGCGAGGUAGUUCUCGCCCCGCUCCGCCGGCACAGUGCAGGCAGAGGUUGUAAACAUGGCGGCGGACGGGAUGGUGCUCACCAACCACGACCAUCAGACCCGAGUGGGGAUUUUGACGGUCAGUGACAGCUGUUUCAAGAACUUGGCUGAGGACAGGAGUGGAGUUAACCUGAAGGACCUGGUCCAUGAUCCCUCACUGCUUGGAGGAGUCAUAGCGGCCUACAAGAUCGUCCCAGAUGAGAUUGAUGAAAUCAAGGAAACUCUUUUGGAGUGGUGCGAUGAACAGCAGCUGAAUCUCAUUCUCACUACCGGAGGAACUGGAUUUGCACCACGCGAUGUAACGCCUGAGGCCACCAGAGAGGUGAUAGAGCGAGAGGCUCCGGGAAUGGCUCUCGCCAUGCUGAUGGGAUCGCUCAACGUUACACCGCUAGGCAUGCUUUCCAGGCCUGUGUGUGGUAUUCGUGGUAAGACCCUGAUCAUCAACCUGCCAGGGAGCAAGAAGGGCUCUCAGGAGUGUUUUCAGUUCAUCCUGCCCGCUCUGCCCCACGCCAUCGACCUGCUGCGCGAGGCCACCGUCAGGGUAAAGUCCACUCACGCCGCCCUGGAGCAGCUGUCCUCCCCUUCCCCUCUGCUGGCCAACGCGCACAUCGACGCACACAUCAACAUGCACACCAUGGAGCGUGGCACCCAAUGCGAGGACGAGGACGAUGAGGAGGACGACGACGAGGAGGAGGACGAGAGGAGGCGGGGUCCACACGUGCACAACCACCACCACCACCACCACCACCAGCACGGCUCCUCCCACAUCACCGCAGCCGCUAUUGCUGCCAAGACAAGCCAUGCUGCGGUCAUGGCUAAGGGUGGUCCCUACCUGCUUGGCAACACGCCUGCCCCGCCCACUCAUUUCACCUGCUCCUGCACCCAUGACCAGCAGAUCCCAGACUCUAUCAUUUCUCGAGGCGUUCAGGUGCUUCCUCGAGAUUCCGCUUCUUUAAGCUCCACCCCUUCUGAGUCACCGCGGGCAACACAGGCCACGUCCCGCCUUUCCACCGCCUCAUGCCCGACACCCAAGGUCCAGUCACGAUGUGGCAGUAAUGAGAACAUUCUGAGGGCGAGUCACAGUGCUGUAGACAUCAGCAAGGUGGCACGUCGUCAUCGCAUGUCUCCCUUCCCGUUGACGUCAAUGGACAAAGCCUUCAUCACUGUUCUUGAGAUGACACCUAUUCUGGGAAUUGAAGUCAUUAACUAUAGAGACGGUUUGGGUCGUGUCCUCGCUCAGGACAUCUAUGCCAAAGACAACCUUCCUCCAUUCCCUGCUUCCGUAAAAGACGGCUACGCUGUACGAGCUGCUGACGGCCCCGGAGAUCGCUUCAUCAUGGGAGAAUCCCAGGCUGGACAUCAGCCCACACACACGGUGAUGCCAGGUCAGGUGAUGAGGGUGACGACCGGGGCUCCGAUCCCUUGCGGAGCCGACGCCGUGGUCCAGGUGGAGGAUACGGAGCUGCUGAGAGAGUCUGAGGAUGGCACAGAGGAGCUGGAGGUGAGGAUCAUGGUCCAGGCCCGGCCCGGACAGGACAUCAGGCCCAUAGGUCAUGACAUCAGGCGAGGCGAGUGUGUGUUGGCCAAAGGGACACACAUGGGUCCGUCAGAGAUUGGCUUGCUUGCUACAGUUGGAGUGACCGACGUCAGCGUGCACAAGUUCCCUGUGGUGGCCAUCAUGUCAACCGGAAACGAGCUAUUAAAUCCAGAGGAUGACCUCCACCCAGGGAAAAUCCGAGACUCCAACCGCUCCACCCUGCUGUCCACCAUCCAGGAGCAUGGAUACCCCACCAUCAACCUGGGCAUCGUUGGAGACAACCCUGAUGACCUGCUGUCAGCUCUCCACGAGGGAAUCAGCCGCGCCGAUGUCAUCAUCACCUCAGGGGGUGUGUCCAUGGGAGAGAAGGACUACCUCAAACAGGUGCUGGAUAUUGACCUCCAUGCUCAGAUCCACUUUGGACGAGUCUUCAUGAAGCCCGGUCUUCCUACUACCUUUGCCACAGCUGACAUUGAUGGAAUACGAAAACUCAUCUUUGCUCUGCCAGGAAACCCAGUGUCCGCAGUAGUGACAUGUAACCUGUUUGUGAUUCCUGCCCUGAGGAAGAUGCAAGGAAUUCUGGACCCUAGACCUACAAUUAUAAAAGCUAGGCUUUCCUGUGACGUGAAGCUGGAUCCCAGACCAGAGUACCACCGCUGUAUUCUCACCUGGCAUCAUCAAGAGCCGCUGCCCUGGGCACAAAGCACAGAGAACCAGGUGUCCAGCAGGCUAAUGUCAAUGCGUAGCGCCAACGGGCUGCUGAUGUUGCCUCCCAAAACGGAGCAGUACGUGGAGCUGCACAAAGGAGAGGUCGUGGACGUCAUGGUCAUCGGACGGCUAUGAUGUAGUCUUCGAUGUCACUAGCAACCGAUUACCAUGGCAGUGCCAGGACUUCCUGUCUGGACGGGAAGCGGGCGGGGGAAGGAAGUGAUGCAUGUCUACCUGGUCGCCAUUAGCUGUGAUGUCAUAUGCAACAGCCAAUCGGAAGCCAGCGGACGCUGAAACCUCCUUGACUGCUCUGAGGAGAUAUGCGUAUUUCAAUGGAGGAAAAAAAAGUGAAAAAAAGAGUAUAUAAAAUACAAGAUUUAUUCUGUAAUAUUAUUAUUAUCCUGAUGAUAAUGAUUAUUGAUAUUCUUAAUUAAUAUUCUAUUUAUUAUUAUCAUGGUUCUGAUUGAAUAUUCUCAUCUUAGUAGUAACCAUUGCCCUCUUCUCUCCCGUUCAUUUGCUUUGUGCGUUUGAUAUGUUUCCCUGGUAGAUUUAGAUAUAGAGACUUUCUCCUCUUGACCUUUUAUCCGUUUCUCUCCACCUUCUUUAGCUGCUCUUUUCUGCUCUGAAAUCCUCUACCCAGAUAUAGAAACUCCUUGAUAACCCCGUCCCUGCAGUAUUACCCCAUCUCAUCUUCUCCUGGAACACACCGACCCGAACAUCUGUAUUGACAGAAAUAUGAACAAAAGGGUUUGAAAGACAUCUUUUUUUGUAUUGAAGCUGCUAAUAUAGUUUGUGUCAGUAGAGUAGGACUUGUUUUGCCAAAAAAAAAAAAAUAUCUAAGGAUAUUGGUCUACAUGUAUUUCCCCCACCUAUAUCAUUUUCCAACCAUACUGAGAAACUCAUCACGCCUCCCGAUAACAUGGACGUUUUUGAGGUGGCUCAGUGACUCGGAUUGGACGAGUGAAUCCUCUGUCAUCACGCUGAUAUCCUUUCUGAGGUCUGACAUCAAAUGUGAAGAUAAAGGACAUGAUCAGAUGCACAAUGACUUCCUUAUAGUCGGGGAGAAAACCUCUCCCAAAUCCCAGGUGGGCCAUAUAAGCAGGAUUACUACAACUUUAUCGCUGCAACUAGUUUACACCACGAAACUACCGUGUUGGGAUUGAAACACCGAUAGUUAUGUUUGCAUUUUCAAAACCAUUGUCACCAUGAAUCAGCUUAUUUUCAUUGUCAACAAAUUCCGGUAAAAUGGCCGAUGACGUUAACGUGGGGGGGGGGUUGUAUCGCAUUCAGAGCCAGGUGAGCUGCUCCCUCUUGUCUCCAGUCUUUAUGCUAAGCUAACCAGCGGCGGGCUUUAGCUUCACGUUUAGCGCGCAGGCAUGAGAGUGGUCAUAUUGACAAUUCAACCUUUUUAUCCAAGUUUGGUGAGCAUGUACCAAAACGUCAACUAUUCCUUCAUAAAUGUUUGGAAUUGCUCCAAUUGAACAAACAAUAUCUAUUAAACUCUCAUUAAUUUCCUCUAUUGCUAGUCUAUUUGUGGCAUUUGUUCAGAGUAAGACAAAUUUUGAACUUGAUCAGAUGAUCCUUUCAGUAGCCAAAGAAGCAAAUACCUUGUUGACCAAUGAUCUCAAAGGCUGUCUCUGCUCAGCCAAUCAGACGCCCCCAUCUUUUUUUUUUUUUAAACGCAUAGGCGAACAUGAUCGCUUGAGUGAGCUGUAACAUCAUGUUUUAUCCAACUCAGAGAAAGCCCCCAAAUCGCCUGUCAAGCAGGGUGUUGCGUUCAGGUGCUCGUAAAGUACACCACUGGUGUAUUUCUACCACGACAGUGUUUCAGGUCAAAAGAAUCAAACGCAGUUGAACUCUGUAACAUAGACACAAUCCUUUGAGUACUUUUCUCUCAACGUACUGUACUUGGUCUGAGCGUCAGUGGAAGGAAACCUUGUGUGACAUUUAGCCCACAGUGAAAGUUUACUAUUAGCGUUAACAAAGUAGUCGUAUUACCGAGGACCGUUCAAAUGCAUCAUAUGCAACCUGUGAGUCCCAAGCAUUCACCAAUGCACCAUACCUUACUGAACUCUGAUUCGUCCUGCCAGGGUGAUCAGUACCAAGCUCAGCCUGUGGUCAGAGAUGUGAUUCUGCAUUCCGGGCCUGUCAGAAUAUCGGUAGUAAAGACUGGUACUCGUUUGAAUUUAACGGCACUUAUGAGGACAUAAAUGCUGUUUUUCCCAAAUGUCGGUUGCUGCCGCUGAUCUUUACACUUCUGAUACAAAGCGUCAACUUCCAGAUCCGACGCUCCUGUCCACUGUCUGUCCUCUACGACUUCAAUGCCACACUGGGAAGGAAGUCCGAGCUUUGACCUCCAGCCCCUCUCUCGAUAGGCCGACGUAGUCUUCCUUCAACACUCUCCUCUUCAUCUUCCUUUCUUCCUCGCCCUCCUCCUCCUGCACACUCGCAUGCUCAUUCAGGGGCAGGGGGGCGUGUCUUUCUCUUUGGGCAGGUCUCAUUCCAGGCGCAAGACUGGGUGCAAUACCUGGGCGGGGCUUCUGACCUGACCACGGGUCACGAUUUGUGGCGGCCCUCAACGCGAUUAAUGGUGCAAAAGAAAGAGGCUUUUCAAAGUCCGGCCUCUGGUGCCGACACGGUCUUAUCAUUUAUUUAUCUAGCCCAGACAUCAGUAACGUCCCAGUUACCUCAAAUGCACCAUGUAUCUGUCAGCGGCUCAUGUCAUGUUGGAGAAAGUGGAAGAACAAGGUGACUAACGGCUCAAAGGCGGUAAUGGACCACAUCCAAACUGUGUUUAAAAAGCAUUUGAUUAAAACACCAUGUUUGUGAAUUCGGCAGCUCAUAUCAACAAUGAACUGGUCAUGACAUGAACGCAGCAUCAGAGUCCUGCCACCUGCCCAAGGAGCCCCGGGCAAACCCAGAUAGAUCUACCUGACUGAGAAGAAGCAGGUUGUUUAACUGCCUUGGUACUGAGUGAUUCGUUACACUGGACUCAGUGUCACACUGCACACACUAUAAACUAUGACCAGCACUUGUAAUGAAGCAAUGACACAGCAUUCUACUACUACUGUAUAAAUAUGAAUAAAUAAAUAAAGGUCGUUUUGCCUGUAAUGAUAUUAAUGAAACUGAAGAUGAAUUAAUAAAACGAAAUGCUGAUUAUUUUA